GGCGCGUCGUUCAUCUUUCCUCAGCGGCGAUUCAGAUUCUGACUUGUGCGCGCGACCAAGCCAAUUUUCUCACGUUCAACCAUGGCGCAGAUAGUCGGCAAGUACGAAUACGUGUCGAGCGAGAACUUCGAGGAUUACGUCAAGAGCCUCGGCAAGGCCGAGCUCGCCGACAUGUUCCUGCAGGCCACGCCGAUCGUGGAGAUCCAGCAGAACGGUGACCAGUGGGUCGUCACGGUCACCAGGAAAGACAAGACCGUCACCAACACCUUCAAGCCCGGCGAGGAGUAUGACGAGCAGCUUCCAACCCAGGGCAUCGUCUUCCAGAGCGUGACCACGAAAGAAGGCAACGGCUUCAAAACGGUGAGCACCUCCCCAUUAGCGGCAAAGGACGUCAAAGUAAUCCGAGUUUACGAAUUUUCAGACACCGGAAUGGUCGUGCAUCUAUCCACCAACAAGAGUGACGUUAAAGCCAAGCGUACGUAUAAAAGACUGUAAAAACCGGUUCUUAAUUUAAAUAGCGCCACGUAACAUCACCCUUUAUUAAAGAGAUUGAAAUGUAAA